UGGCUACGCGACGCGUGGUUAACGUUCUUUUUACAAAAAAGGAAGAAAAUCUUGUUUCGUAUUAGCGAUUGACAAUACAGUCAACAUUCGACUAAAAUGAUAAAACAUUUACAUUGCCUGUGUAGUUAUUAUGUCGUCGGUGAAUAAUACAUAUGCAAAAUUGAUACAAUUUUGAGCACAGUUUAUAAAGAAAAAUAGAGAAAAUAACGGUACAUAUAUCGAUGCAUUUACCUUGAUUAUAGAUCUACAAUUUUUCUUUAUUAACACCAUAAUGAACGAUAUACAUUUAAUUGCUACUACCAUUAGUGUGACUGUUGGUGUCAUAAGUGCAGCUAGUAUUUUUAUUUAUCAUACAAUUUUCAAGGACCAACAACAUACAGUUAGUUCCAAUUUAAAUGCUGCGAAUAAAAGAAUCGCUGAAUUGCAACUGGAAUUAGAAGCGUUAAGGCAACAAUUACAACAGAGUCAACAGAAAAAGAAACGAAAAAUUUCACGAAGAUUUGUUUCUACCGAUAGUACGUUUACUGUAACGGACAAUGAGACUGAUAACGAUGCUUUCUCGACAGCGGACACAGAAAUCGGUGAUGAUGAAUUCUAUGAUUGUUCUGACAGCGAAAGCGUCAUCGGGGAAAAUGACAUAAGGAUCUCAGAGGAAUUGAACGAGUUGGAUUUAACACUUAAGGAGAUUGAUGAAGGUGCGAAUGAAGAUUUUUAUAUCGAGACAUACUAUAAACUACAAACUUUGAUAAAAUCUCACGAAAACAGUAUAGAAGUAAUAUGGAGAUUUGCAAGGGCUUGUUACGAACAUGCAGAAGCUACAGCUGAUAAAAAUGUUAGAAGGUUGAUAAUUCUUGAAGGAAUUGGACAGUGCGAAAAAGUUCUUGAAAUUCAAAAUGCGGAUUUGUUCAAAUGGUAUGCUAUACUCAUAGGAUUAAAUGGAGACUACUUGUCAACGAUAGACAAAAUAAAAAACGGUGUUCGUUUUAAGAAUUAUAUUGUGAUGGCCUUAGAAAUGCGGCCAGAUGAUUGUGAAUUGCAUUAUCUCCUUGGACGGUUUAAAUACGAGAUAGCCAUUUUGAGUUGGUUCGAAAGACGGGUGGCGGCAACGUUUAUUUCCGAAAGUGUCUCGUAUAAUGAUGCACUUGUUUGUUUCGAGGCGGCAGCAAGACUGGGGAAAAAAACUCUGCAACUUCAACUAUUUAUUAGCAAAUGUUAUAUUGCUUUGCAACAGUAUUCAUGCGCACAUAAUACAUUAAAGGGAAUAUUAAAUAAAUCGGCAUUGUCGGCUGCAGAUGAAAAAGUGCAAGCAGAAGCGAGUACGCUUCUCAAAAAAUAUUCAGGAUAUCUUUGAUAACAAGCAAUAGCGUAUUUGUACAUCCGAUCCGUAUCCAAUAAUUAUAUUAUACACGCACACGCGCGCGCGUGCGCAUCCACACACUUACACAUUCAAAAGCAUUUAUAUAUAAAUAAAAAUCCUAUCUUAUAGACCAAUAUAAACAGUAACGUAAUGAAUAAUUAUAUAGUAUGGAAUACAGGUACUAAAAGAACUUUUUAUCUAUUAUAGAAGAUAUUAUGAAUCUUUUAUCUUAAUUCAAAUUUUAUAAAAGAUUUUUAAAGAUCUGAAUAAAAACGUGCAUAGCAGCGGUGCAAAGUUUUAUAAGCUAUUAGGAAGGUGUACUUGGUUUAUACAUACUAGCAAAUAAUAUUUUAUACAUGCGUAUAUAUUAAU